GGAACGACGUGAACAAGCGUAUAAGGACGUCAACAAUGGGAGUCACGUGAUAGAUAUUUCGAAACAGAUAUGGGUAACAUGUAAUCACAGAAUCUCAUUUCAAUUCUCAUGUGGAGGAUGUGGGGGUUGCAUCGCAGUUAAGUGUGGACUCAUUUAAAACUGGUUGCUGUCAGGCUUGUCAAGCAGAAAUGGUUAGCCUAAUGGAUCACGAUAUGUUGGAGGUUGCUAAUGGUGAUGACAUCAACAUCAACGGCAGAGACGCGACAACUUUGGUAUCUCCGGACGUCAUAUUUGAUACGGAACCGCCAUUUAAAUCUGCAGCAACGGCUGCUGUGAUCAUCUUUCAGCUACUAUGCAUAGUAGCACUUCUUGUGGCAGCUGGAACUCUUCCAUAUGUGACCGCUCCUGACCGUAGCCCCGACGAUGCGUACUCCAUAUUACAGUAUUGCCAUGUUUGCAUAUGGGCCAUAAUGAUCAUCACUAACCAGUAUCUCCAUAGAGAACACAACAUCCUAAACUGCAGCGGCUACAUCCGUUUCUACCAAAAGACGAAAAAGAUGAGAAAGGCCACCAUGUUCAUCUUUUCAUCUGGUUGCGUGCUCCUUUUAAUCGCAGCAGUAGUCAUUGACAACUACUGUCCUAAAAGAGACACCUGUUCUCCACUUUCAUUGCGGCCAGUCAAUUACCUUCACAUUGUGUUCGCAUUGGAAGCAGUUUCUGCAGUGCCGAUUAUAGUCGUGUACCUUGCAAUGACCCUCAACUUCCACAGGAACAAAUUCAAACAAGAUACACAGCACGAUGAAGUGCUGCUGAGUUUUCUGCAUUCGCAGUCUUCUGUUGCGGACAUCGGAUUCAGGGACGGCACUGUUUUGGAAGACAUCAUUGAAAAGCAGUCCGAUAUGAUUAAAUAUCUCAAGAAGUACAAUGCCUUCUUGGGGAAGAAAAUUCUUAAUUUGAGCAUUGAGCUUAGUAGACUUCGACAACCACCACCUUCACAAGAUUGAAUGCAGUUUGUAAACUGAGAACUUACAUGGGCAUUAUGUUUCGUACUUUGAGGUGAACUCUACAAGGUGCGCUCAACUAGGCUCUCUGUAACCUGUACAGUUUGAUUUUAGUCAUAAUAUAUUAAUGUAUUUA